CGGGUAUCAAUAAGCGUCAUCGCUCUGGAAACUUCAGUCGGAGAGAGAGACAGAGAGCAAUGAGUGCUAUCCGAGCUGCAGUUUUCUCACUGUCAAAUCAAUGGCACGAACAAGUUCAAACCCAUUUCCCAACCCACCCAAACAGAUCAAUCAACAACGCAAACCCAAAUCUUCAAUCCAAUAGAAGAAACCCAUUUCCCUGUUUCUCCGUAGACGCAUCAAAAUCCCCAAACCCAGCAACCCCGCCGCUCGUGGUGGUCGGCUCAGCCAAUGCCGACAUCUACGUCGAAAUCGACCGUCUACCCAAAGAAGGCGAGACCAUAUCAGCCAAGAGCGGCCAGACCCUGGCUGGCGGCAAAGGCGCCAACCAGGCUGCCUGCGGCGGCAAGCUUUCUUACCCAACAUACUUCGUCGGCCAGGUGGGCGAGGACGCCCAUGGGAAGCUGAUCACCGAGGCUCUGGAGAGCGGCGGGGUGUGCCUGGAUCGCCUGAGUGCGGUUUCUGGGGCGCCCACUGGGCAUGCGGUGGUGAUGUUGCAGUCUGAUGGGCAGAACUCCAUCAUCAUUGUUGGUGGGUCCAACAUGGAGUGCUGGCCUGAGAGGAUUUCUGAUGAGGAUUUGGAGGUUGUGAGAAAUGCUGGGAUUGUUUUGCUUCAGAGGGAGAUUCCGGAAUCUGUCAACGUUCAGGUUGCAAAGGCUGCCAAGAGUGCAGGUGUACCAGUCAUUUUGGAUGCUGGAGGGAUGGACAUACCAAUCUCCAGAGAACUAUUGAACUUUGUUGAUAUUUUGAGUCCCAAUGAAACUGAGCUUGGUCGUUUGACAGGAAUGCCGACUGAAAGCUUUGAACAGAUUAGUAAUGCUGUGGUGAAACUCCAUAAAAUGGGCGUUAAGCAAGUCCUGGUGAAACUUGGGGACAAAGGGUCCGCCCUAUUUGUAGAUGGUGAAGAACCACUCAAACAACCAGUCAUAUCUGCUGCCAAAGUACUUGAUACUACUGGAGCUGGUGAUACUUUUACAGCCUCUUUCGCGGUGGCUCUUGUGGAGGGCAAGUCCAAACGAGAAUGCUUGAGAUUUGCAGCUGCGGCAGCUUCUCUUUGUGUUCAAGUAAAGGGAGCCAUUCCUAGCUUGCCGGAGAGAGAAUCAGUUUUGAAUCUUCUUCAGUCUCUCUGAGGAUAGCUUCUACAUAAGAUAGGUACAAUAAAUUUUCGACAUGCUUGUUGGAUUUUUCCUUUAUCUAAACAGUUAAGGUCUAUUAUAUAUCCCAGAAGCUACUCCUACAAGCAAGUUGGUAUUGCUAUGCUUUGAAAAAAAGCUGUUUCUGCUGUGCUGUGAGAAUAAGCGGCUGUGAAAUAAAGCAGCAGAGUGUUUGGUAAACUUUUUUGUAAAAGUGCUUUUGGAAAAAGAAAAAAAAAGCAGUAUGAUAGUGUUUGGUAAACUUUUAUGCAAAACAGCUGUGAUUGUGUGAAAUGACCAAAAAUGGUAGAAUACUAAAUGUGCUAUUAAUUUAAUUUUCUUAACAAAUAGUUAAUUUUCUUUACAAUUUUUAA